UCACCCUAAUAGGUCUCACUCUCACCCCUCAUAGGUCUCACUCUUACCCCUCACACAGGUCUCACUCUCACCCCUCACAUAGGUCUUACUCUCACCCUGACAGGUCUCACUCUCCCAGCACUCUGCUAAACACACAUAAUAUACCAGUGCACCAGAAGCACACACAUCGCUAGAACAGCCGCACAUACACAUACUCUGAAAGAUCUCAGAGAGUUCAGCAUCCCAUAACAUUUGGCCUGCUAAGCACCAAGUACACUACUAAACACCAAGUGCACUACCAAGCACCAAGUGCACUACCAAGCACCAAGUGCACUACCAAACACCAAGUGCACUACCAAGCACCAAGUGCACGAUUAUACACCAAGUGCACUACUAAACACCAAGUGCACUGCUAUACACCAAGUGCACUGCUAAACACUAAGUGCACUAAGUACUCCACACUUCACUGCAGUCUGAGCUGGCUGAGUGACCCCCAGGUAUCAAUUGAGCACGCCAAUAAUACACACCACCAGGCCAGAACUGGACUCUGGCUGAUCAGGCUGUGAUGUGAGUGUGUGUGUGUGUGUGUGUGUGUAAGAGAGAGAGAGAGAGAUGUGUGUGUGUGAGGAGAAAAAUAAUGACAGAAACAGGAACAGUGGUGGGGCGGACCCAGGGAAGGUCGGAAUGUGGGAAUGUUUCAGAAUAUUCCAGAAGCAUGCGGCCUUUCCGCUCUCCUGUCUCUGUCCACACAGGGUCCGGCUACUACGUCGAUGACGAGGACUCGUACGCGCGGAGAUAUGCAGGAACUCCGUGGUGUGCCCCUGUGAAGGUGAAGCAUGGCCAGGUGAGCUGCCAGACGCCGCGGGGCGAGCGCCACAACAACGUCCUGGGCACGCGCUGCAAGAUCCGCUGUAACCGUGGCUACGAGAUGCACGGCCACCACGAGAUCCUGUGUCACGCCAACAAACAGUGGUCAGGCAACUACGCCUGCAGAGAGGUGCGCUGUAUGAAGCUGUCGGUGCCGGUUAACGGGGGGUAUAAGUGCACGGAUGGCUCGUACUUUAACUCCAGAUGCCAAUUCUACUGCUCCCCUGGGUACACCCUGCGCGGGGACAAGAGCGCCACCUGCCUGCACACACACACCUGGAGCGCAGGACAGACCAUGUGUGUAGAUGAGGAGGCCCCGGUGAUUAAGUGUCCCACGGUGAAGGACCGCACGGCUGAACCAGGAAAACUGUCCGUCAGAAUCACCUGGGACUCCCCUGAGGGCAAGGACACCGCCGACGGCAUCCUCACCGAUGUGGAUUUGAAGGGGAAGCCUCCAGGUUCCUACUUCCCUGAGGGGAAUCAUAAGCUCUCAUACACCGUGUUCGACCGCGCUGGCAACAAGGGCUCCUGUCGCUUCAACAUCAGAGUCAGAGUGAAGCGCUGCACCCCUCUGGCCAUCCCUGAUAACGGCUGGAUGCGGUGUGACAGUGCGGGCGAUAACUACGGCGCCACCUGUGAGUUCCGCUGCCUGGGCGGCUACGAGCUGCAGGGCAGCGCUGCCCGCGUGUGCCAGUCCACUCAGGACUGGUCAGGACAGGAGACCGUGUGUGCACCCAUGAAGAUCAACGUGGUGGUGAGGUCAGCCGCCGCGCUAUUGGACCAGUUCUACGAGAAGCGCCGCCUCCUCAUCAUCUCUGCCCCCACCGCCGCCAAUCACUACUACAGGUUCCAGAUGACCAACCUGCAGCAUGCCCAGUGUGGACUGGACCUAAGGCACGUGACCGUGGUGGAGCUGGUGGGGAUCUGGCCAGCUCAGAUCGGCCGCAUCCGACACCAACUCAUUCCACCUCCUCUGGCUCUGCAGCUCAGGCUCCUGAUGAGGUUGUCUACUAACUCCUUCAACAUGGUGCUGCUGGACAAGCAGGGAACUGACCGCCAGCGUUACACCUUCCCUGUGACGUCCGCCGAGAUCUUCACCACCAUCGACACCUUCACCCAACGCAUAGAGGAGAUGCAGCUACAGAAAGAGGCCGGCCACAGCUGCUGAAUACACACACACACACACACACACACACACACAUACAUACACA